CCCUUCCCUCCUUCUUCCUCGGGGGCUGAGCGAGGAGGCGGAGCAGUUCCUUCCCAGCCAAGCCAGCGGCCAAGCAGGGCGAGGGCCUCGGCCGGGAGACAAGGGGGCCUCGCACCGCCAUGGAGGACUUCCACCCCCAUAAUGACGAGGUAGCGGCAGCGGCGGCAAUGACCUUUAACACCGAAGAAGCCCACAAUAUUAUUAAAGAAUGCAUAGAAGGUGUCCUGGGCAAGGCAGAUUACAAUCAUGACAGCAUCAAUCAGUGGACUGCAGCCAUUGUGGAACAGUCUUUAUCGCAUUUGGUGAAACUGGGGAAAACGUACAAAUACAUUGUGACCUGUGCAGUGAUGCAGAAAUGUGGAGCUGGUCUGCAUACAGCAAGUUCAUGUUUUUGGGAUACUACAACUGAUGGCUCCUGCACAGUCAGAUGGGAAAACCGAACCAUGAACUGCGUUGUCAACGUCUUUGCUGUCGCCAUUCUCCUGUAGCAAGACUUGAGAAGCAACACCAAGUUACGCCAAAGCCUUUAGUUUCAUAUAUACUCAGAGAAUGCCGUAAGAAUGAUUAGAUAACAUUAUAUUUAUCAGCUAAAGAAAGAGGCAAGGAAUGGGCUUUUAAAAAGUGUCUGCACAAAGGGUAUGUAUUAUAGCAAAGUAUAAUCUUUCAGUUUAGCUGUCUGCAGCUUGCUUUUAAAAGCAGUUGUUAGUCUCUUAUAUAGCCAUUCUGAUAUAUUGAAAGCUACUCUUUUCCUUCACUUUACCUAGGAAGGGUGAUAAUAAAGCCAUUAAUCAGUAUGAAUAUGUGCCAAAUUGUCACUGGCACUUCAUACAUAGAGAAUAAAGAGAGAAGUAAUAAGUGGAAGAAAGUGUUCUUUAUAUAGACAGCUUUCCACAUUUGCUGGGUUUAGAGAUACAGAAGUUUAAAAAAAUCAAACACUUUUAAUCAAAUCUGCAAAUAAUCAAAUCCACAAAUUUGGAGGACUGAACGUCUCAUAUAAAUAGCUGGUGAUACAUUUUGUAUUGUAUAACCAGAAUUGGGUGCUGUAUUACAAUAGCAUUCAUAUUGUGUACUAUAAAAGUGUUGGAUUCCUUGGAAGUUUAUCUGCACUUCCUCAAGAUAAUGACAGCUAAGCUUGCUCUUUUCCCCUUUUAAGAUAUGUAUAUUGUGGAUGUUAGUUUAUGAUCAGGACUAGCUGAGGCAUUCAGUAGAGCAUCUGAUCCAAUGAAACAUUCUUAUCCCAGCAUGUAUGGCCUCAGUAGUUCCUCAGCAUUCUAGAGGAUGUGGAAAAAUAUCUCUGCUGGCCAUAAAUGGGAAAACUAAUGAUUUGAAAUGAAUUAGAAGCUCCUUUAAGAAUUCCUGUAGCAUACUGUAUCAAGUACAGAAGAAAAAUGCAAAAGUUUUAAGACUGGUUUCUGCUUUAUGGAAGAAACAUAUCUUGAUGCCAGACUAUCAACUCAUACAGUGCACAAAUGUUCUGAAAAUGAAUCUUGUUAUCCUGGAAUUGGUUGCGAUUAGUGCUUAGUUUUAUAUAUUGCAAUACUUGUGAAGUAUUAAGGAAAUUAUAAGGAAACUGGGGGUAACCUUUGGUUCAGUGAUUGUCAAUCCUAAAACUUGGUGCAAUAGCACAUAUACGUGGUAAUGGUAAUGGUAAUGGUAAUGGAUUUUUAUUGUGUCAGUGCUAAAUCACAAACCAAAAAAGUAUGAUAUGAAUAUGGUUCCCUAACAAGCAGAUAUAUGUACAUAGAUAUUUAGAAUUGAGAUAUAAACCUUGGGGAAAGUUUGCCUAUUAUUUGUCUAUUUACAAGGAAAGCAGUUCUGAUUAUGGGCCAGGCUUUGACUUUUCUGAUUUUGUAGUUGGCGUGUGCCUUAGAAAUUCAAAACUUUUUAAAAGAAUCCUUCCUAAUUCCCAUUGGGAAUGCACAUUUGUUUUAAAAAUCUUAUCUAUAUCUGAAGGGGCACUUAUUCAGAUAUGAGCGAUGAUUGCCGUGAUUUUAAUUUUUUGCACUUAGUUGAAAUCCUUCAGUAACAUUUAUUUUCAUAUACUGUAAUAUGAAUUACAUGAAACCUCCCAUUUAUACCUGAUGGUUUCAACAUGUAUUGUUAAUUAAAACAAGUUUACAGACACAGUAAUAAAUUCCACUGAACACAAUAGUUCAUAUUUCUGAGUAACCAUGCAAAGAAGUAGCAGUAUGUAUUCUUCCAAGACAUAGAAACAUUAUGAAUUUUCAGUCAGAUAGGUAAUCAUAUUAACUUGAAAAAGUACUUCAGGAAAUUUAAUCAUAUUUGAAAGCAUGUUUAGAUUUCACAGACUUGUUUUUCUAAAAGUUGAUACAAAGACAUUGUAUACAUUUGUAGUCAUUUGUGUUGCUUGUCAUUUGAAUAUGGAAUUUCUACAAUUGCAUUUUACAACCAUUAAGAUUAAUUUUAAAAACCAGCUAAAGCUUAUUCUGAGUUGCGUAUAUAUACACACACACACAUACAUACACGUACAUAUACAUUACACAAACAUAUAUAUGAAUACAUAUUGUUCAUUGUAACUGAUUUGCUUUGAUUUACUUUACUAUUAUAAUAUUUGAAACACCAAAGGUUGUAUUUUUUUUGAAAUUUAAUUAAAUUAUAUUUCAAAUAGUAAUCCUAUAAUUACAUUUCUGUGUUCCUGAAAUGAAUAGACAUAUCUGCAACAAGAGAGCUGGAAUUGUUCCAUACAAAGUUUUUUUUAGCUCUGGGUUCAGAUUUUUUCUUUUUUUCUUGGUAUAAAUUAUUUUCAUUUUUUUAAAGAAAUCACAAAAGACAAUCUUGGGACAGAACAUUUUAUGACUGCAAGGGAUCCAGUGAAAUAUUUACAUGGAGGAGAGAAUCAGAGAAAUGUAAUUUUCAGAUGUGUUGACUAGUGAAAGCUAUCAUCAGAAAGUAUAGGCAGAGGUACAAUCUCUUUUUAUUUGCUAAACCUUUGUUGCCUAAUUGAGAGUAGCUGUUUUUAUUAGCCAUUAUACUUCAGGUUUCUACAAUAUACUUGAAGAAACAUAAUGCUGAAAUAUAGAAGCUUGAAAAUAUGCCACUGUGGCAAGAUUGCACUAGACAUUAUGCUGGUAUUUAUUUUAAAAGAGCUAAAGUUUGUUUUUACUUUUUAAGAAACGUCUGCCUUAGCUGUACUUUAUGCCUUUUGUAUACAUUAAAAGAAUUCUCGCUGGC